GGCGGCCGCGAAAACCGCAUGCCCGUGCUCAUCUCGCGCAUCUUCCCGGGGCUGGCGGCCGAGCGCUGCGGCGCCCUCCGGCUCGGGGACGCCAUCCUGUCCGUGAACGGCAUCGACCUCCGCGACGCCACCCACGACCAGGCCGUGCAGGCGCUCAAGCGGGCCGGCAGGGAGGUCGUCCUCGAAGUGAAGUACAUGCGAGAAGCGACCCCGUACAUCAGGAAGCCCUCCCUGGUGUCGGACCUGCCCUGGGAUGGCGCAGCGCCGCAGUCGCCCAACCUCAGCGGCAGCGAGGACUCCGGCUCCCCGAAGCACCUUGGGCCCGCCAAGGACCGCAAGGUGAUCCCCCUGAAGAUGUGCUACGUAGCGAGGAACCUGAGCAUGCCCGACCUGGAGAACAGGCUGAUCGAGCUGCACUCGGCCGACAGCCGGAACACGCUGGUGCUGCGCUGCCAGGAUUCGGCCAGCGCCCACUCCUGGUUCACGGCCAUCCACAGCAACAUCGCGGCCCUCCUGCCCCAGGUCCUCGCCGAGCUCAAUGCCAUGCUGGCCGCCAGCAACGCGCCGGGGAGCAGGGAGGUCAGGCACAUCGCCUGGCUGGCCGAGCAGGCCCGGCUGGAUGGGGGGCGACAGCAGUGGAGGCCGGUCCUCCUGGCCGUGACGGAGAAGGACCUGCGGCUCUAUGACUGCAUGCCAUGGACGAGAGACGCCUGGGCAUCCCCCUGCCACAGCUACCCCCUCCUCGCCACCAGGCUGGUGCACUCGGGCGCAGGGCGCAGGUCCCCCUGCGUGGGGUCGGACCUCACCUUUGCCACGCGGACGGGCUCCCGCCAGGGCAUCGAGAUGCACGUCUUCCGAGUGGAGACGCACCGCGACCUCUCCGCCUGGACCAGGACCCUGGUGCAAGGCUGCCACGCCGCGGCGGAGCUCGUCAAGGAGGUCUCCCUGGGCUGCGUCCUGAACAACCAGGAGGUCCGCCUCGCGAUCCACUACGAAAGCGGCUUCACCAUUUCCCGGGAAGAGGCGGGCUGCUCCACCGUCCUUUUCCGGUACCCCUUUGAAAAGCUGAAAAUGUCUGCAGACGACGGCAUCCGGAACCUCUUCUUGGACUUCGGUGGCCCGGAGGGGGAGCUGGCUCUGGAGCUCCACUCCUGCCCCAAGCCCAUCGUGUUCGUGCUGCACACGUUCUUGUCGGCCAAAGUGACCCGCCUGGGGCUGCUGGUGUAGGGGCGGAGGCGCCCGGAGCCCCCCCGCCUCGCCCGGCCUCCUCCUGCCCGGCCUCAGUGCCUUGACCCGGACUCGUCAAGGGGCAUCCGGGACGCCUCGCCGUGGGAAGCGCUGCGCUGCCGCCACAGGUCUUGCAGGGCCGCCUCCCUGCCGGGGGGGAGCAAGCCGAGAAGGGGCCCGGGAGGUGGGCCGGGAGGGCCGCGUGAAGCCCCCCUGGGCUCCCUGCCCUGCGGAGCCCACUGGUGUCGUGGAAGAUGGUCCUUGCAUCUUCCCCCAAAUUUCACCUGCCGCGUGUGCCUUUUGCUGGUGGACGAACGAGGCGAGUGUCAGCCCGGCGCCGGGGACAGAGGACGUCUGCUGCCGGCCUUCCGGGACGGGCCGCUUUCCGUGGGGCCGCACGUCAGAGGCGUCCUGGGGCGACUCCGCAGUACUCAGGGGCGUGUGCACCUUUCGUGGGGUGCCCGGGAGGCCGGAAGCCACAGCUGCCCCCGGUCCCGUUGUGCCCUGCAGCGAUCCGCCUCCGGGAGGGGGGCGCAAGGACCGCGGUGUCUGCCCUGGGCCCCAGUGUGGGGGCCUGGGCCACUCGCCCCCCCGCUGGGCUCUAUCACAGCAGCACCAGCAUUGGUUGGGAGUGAUGGGAGUUGUGUUCCAACACAUCAGGGGAAAGCUAGUCUAGGCCUUCCAGGGACAGGUCUGGAGGGUGCAAUGGUGACCCC